AGAAUUGAAUGCAGAGGAGAGAGACGUAGUAAUAGUAUUAUGCGGACAGCUUGAGUUUGCUUAUACCAAAAGCCAAAAGCCAAAAGCCACACACUCUCUCUCUUUCUUCUUCCCAGUUCCGUAGUUUUCUUCAAAAGCGAAAGAAUUAGCUUCAUCUUCAUCUGAUGAAUGGGUAAGGCAUCGAAAUGGUUUCGCGGCCUUCUCGGUCUCAGAAGAGCGGACUCGCCGUCAGCCACCGCUCCCAAGGAGAAACGGCGCUGGAGCUUCGUCAAGUCUUACAGAGAGAAGGACCGUAAUGCCACCGUCCAACACCACUCCUCGGAUUCGGAACACAUUCCCGACAUCGCCGGAGAAGAAUACGCGGCCAUUAAGAUUCAAGCCGCCUUUCGAGGCUACUUGGCAAGGAAAGCCCUUCGAGCGUUAAAAGGAUUGGUGAAACUACAGGCAUUGGUGAGAGGUCAUAUUGAAAGGAAGCGCACAGCAGAGUGGCUUCAAAGAGUGCAAGCACUCCUACGUGUGCAGGCCCAAAUCCGGGCUGCCCGGGCCCAAAUUUUUCACUCCCCCUAUUCCAAUGCAAAGUCUUCUUCACUUGCCCACCUCUACGGUCCAGCAACACCAGACAAAUUUGAAAGCCCCAUCAGAUCCGAGAGCAUGAAAUAUGAUCAGUCACCAUCAGUACUUAAGAGAAACAGCUCCAAAUCCCGUAUACACAAUGGCAACCAAGAGAAAAGUGGGAACAGAUCAGAAAGUCGUGUUGAGGAACCACCAUGGAAUCAACGAAGAUCAUGGACAAGAGCUUGUAGCAUGGAUGAAGAAAGAAGUCUCAGGAUUUUAGAACUUGAUUCUGUAAAACCACACAUGACAUCAAAACGUAGAAACCUCUUUUACUCCCCUAGCCAAGAUUUGGUUUCGGAUCAUCACAAUCAGUGUUUGACCUCCACAAUAUCUUAUCAAUCGGGUCAAAGUCAAUCUUCCUUUGAAGUUCAGUCUUAUAGCCCUCUAAAAGUCAACGGGGUUGAGGAUGCUGGCGAUAGUUAUAGUCCAAAAACUUUAUCUGCCUCUUCUAAAGAUGGUGGCCCCAAAAUAGGUCCCUUAACUCCUACAAGGAGUGAUGGCUCAAGAAGCUACCUAAGUGGUUAUUCUGAGUGUGAGUAUCCAAGUUACAUGGCAUACACCGAGUCUUCAAAGGCAAAGGUAAGGUCUCUGAGUGCUCCUAAGCAGAGGCCUCAGUAUGAGAGGUCUACUUCCUCUAACAGGUACUCGCUGCAUGCAUUUGCUGAGCCAAAAUUGGCCUCACAAAGGGAAAAGGUAUCUGCAUUACACGCAAACUUCACUAGCAAAGCUUACCCUGGUUCUGGUCGUUUGGACAAGCUUGGUUUGCCUGUGGGGUAUAGAUACUGACGUAGUUUGAAGAAUGGAUUCUGGACCUUAUCUUGAGUGUAUUGUUAUUACUAUUAUCUAAUAUUGCUAACCUGUUGUAUUUAGUUCUAAACCUUUACUGUCCAAGCUGAAUGUACUUUUUGUGUAACCUUUAGAAUUCUAUGAUCCGUUUCAAGUGUUUAAAUCAGACUUGUCAGUGGGUUCUUCCCAACUCUGGUAUGUAACAGGUAUCUUUUGUCUA